AUGAAGCACCAGAGUGAACACACUGCAGUCAGGACUGCCACCUCCACCAAGGUUCUUACCAAAUACCCCAACGGCCAUCGUACAGGUGACGACUACCUUUCGGGCACGAGGGUGUCUGCACACAAAAAUGAAGUCGGUGCCCACGGGGCGCGGCAAUCUCCGCUCUUGACUGCUCCGGACAGCAUCCUCUUGAGCCCUAAAGUCUAG